AUGACUGUGAAGGUUGACUACUUGGCCGUUGGCCGUCGGAAGCGAGAGCAACGAAGUGCUCUGAUCCCAGCAAAGUGGCGGCUUAGCGAAGAGGCAGGCAGGACUCUGCCAGUGACAAGCACACCCGAGACAUGUGGAAGAUUGUCUCGUCGCGAAGUCGAGAUCACCUCACGAUACGAUGCAGUCGAGCUGCAGUCGAAGAUCCGGACAAGGGAGCUCUCUGCUGAGGAGACGACUCUCGCUUUCUGCAAACGAGCAGCCAUAGCUCAGCAGGUGACUAACUGUCUUACGGAGAUCUUCUUCGAACAGGCUCUGACCAGAGCCCGCGGCCUGGAUGCCGAACAAGCCGCUCGUCCUGAGCGACCAUUGAGGCCGCUGCAUGGGCUACCAAUAUCGCUGAAAGACAGUUUCCGGAUUCCGGGUGUUGACUCGACAGUCGGGCUGAUAUGUUAUGCUAACCGACCGGAUACUAAGUAUUCUGAAUUACCACAACUGCUUCUCGACCUCGGAGCAGUCUUGUUCUGCAAAACGAAUGUGCCUCAAACCAUGAUGACCGCAGACUCGGACAACAAUGUCUUUGGACGGACUUUGAACCCGACGAACACUUCGCUCACGGCCGGAGGCUCUUCUGGUGGCGAAGGUGCCCUUGUUGCAAUGCGUGGCAGUAUUCUUGGCGUAGGUACAGACGUCGCUGGCAGCAUCCGGAUACCGAGCAUUUGCAACGGUAUCUAUGGCUUCAAACCAAGUGCAGAUGUGAUCCCGUGGGGCGAUCAGGCUGAUGUUGUGCCAAUGGGCAUCCCUGGGAUCUGUCCUGUUGCUGGACCUACGGCUACAUCGGCACGAUCCUGUGCCUUCUUCAUGGAGACUAUCAUGCGAGCUGAAGCGUGGCGGUAUGAUGCUUCGUGUCUGCAUCUUCGGUGGUCCGGCGCCAUGAUCCCGCCGCAGCUCAAGAUCGGUGUUGUCUACAAUGAUGGGAUGUUCACGCCAUGGCCACCAAUUCGGAGAGUGUUGACAGAGUCUGUGGCUAAACUAAUCAAAGCUGGCAUCGAGAUUGUGCCGAUAGCUUUGCCUCAUGUUCCGGAAGCGGUCUCUACCACAUAUCAAUUGUACUCUGUCGAUGGGAGCCAGGCAAGUUGCUAUCGAGUGGAUCGCGGGGAUUUGGCUAAGCUGACAAUCUGA